GACUCUGACCCCUUUCUUGUUUAAGGAGGGAAGGAGUUGGAAUGGGUAAAGGCAUUCAAUACCUGCCACAUGCUUGACAGAAUGACAGGGAUCAGGUAGAGUCAUUUAAUUGGAAGAGACUUUAUUAGAACAAAAGUCAUGGCCUUGUGAGGAGCGAGCCAGUCUUCCUACCUCCUGCUCAGUUAAGCCUAUUCAGAAAACCACUACUGAGCAACAAGUACACUUGGGACCCUGCUUUAGUGCUGGGGAACACUCGGAUGGAUAAAAUCCAGUCCCUGCCAUAAAGCAGGCAAAUGAGAAAUUACAAAUCCCAUGGAGCUCUCUUCAAACCUGUUUAUGGAGAAUAUUGGAUACUCAUGGAGGUGAUUUGCUUCACCGUGCUAUGAAACCAAGUUUUCCCUGCUUUCAGCAGAUUGGCAUUUCCUGGAUAAGAAGUGGCCUCUGCACAGGAUGGUUUUUGAAUGGAAGUGGAGGCCAGGAACUCCUCCUCUGUACUUUGAGAAUUCUAGUUGUCAGCAGCUACCUUAGAAAGGGAAAAGGGAAAGUCAAAGUAGGGCUACCAUUAGCCCUGAAAAGUACCCCUCUUAGGACUGGGCAUAGCUGUGCUCAUCACUGACCCAUCUCUCCUGGAAGAGUCAUAUGGAAGCAGAGGGAAAGGCUGCAACAGGCAGCCCUCCCGAAGCACACUGUGGGCCUCCACAGGCCAUCAUAGUUCUUCUGCUCCACGCCAGGUGACCUUCCUUCAUCAGGCCACUUGAUGAAAAGGGUAUCUCUCCUGUUCUUCCAAGAGAUUUGAAUUCCUCACAGAAUGUGGUUCAGAAAAUCCAUCUUUUCUCCCCUUUUCUCUUUUUAAAGGUACAGAUCAUUCCCUUCUGGGGCAGGGAAAAGGGGGAGAUAAGCAGGAGUCUAUUAAUUUACGGCACAGAUAACCACCCCCUCCAUUUUCCUAUCUUUCAAGGGAAACAGAGUUGCUGAAACCCAGCUCCUGCCAUUAAUUGACUGAGCAGUGCUUGCCCCAAGUUUUCUGAGACUGUGAAAUGUUUAAGAGAACUUUAGUAGAAAGGGAUUCAGGGGUAGGCAGCCCGAAGUUUCACAGCCCCUCCCACCCCCAAAUUCUUGGAAUCAGAAAAUGUAGUCUUCCAAAGUAGGUCAGUUUGUCAGUGAGCAGCUCCUCUGAAAGGGAAGGGAGCAAAGGCCUUGUCCUGAUAGAGGGCGGAUUCAUCCAGGGCUUUCGGCUGCUGGGGCCCCAGGGGCACAGGAGGGAGGGGAAGUGGGGAGACCGUACCAGCCUUUUUGCCUGGGAUCUGAAAGGUCUCAGGGCCACAGAGCAACACUAGCCUGACACCAGACUCUGCUGGGCCCUCUCACUGCUGGAAAGGAGGAGGCUGUCAGUCCCCAGAUCUAGAGAGCAACCUUCCUCCUGGAGGAGGAGGGAAAGAGUUUGGUGGGGGAGGGGCUUUCUGCCUAUCUGAGAGCCUUGAAGCUGUCCGUGUCCUGGGCCCCAUGACCUCUGGGGCCUUGGCUUCCCCAGCUGGCAGAGGAUUGGGCCUUCCCUGGGGCCCCCCCUUUCUCCCUCCCACCCGCAGGCCCAUCCAUCUCUCUCUCUCUCUCUCUUGCACACACUCUUGCCUCUCUCAGGCAUUUGUUGUGCAGUUCCUCUUUGUCUACUGGGCACGAGGGGCAACGGCAUCUGCCUUUCCUUCCCUGUGCACACACCCACCACCCACCCCCUUCACUGUCUUGGAAAAGGGAUGCUGUAACCUAGCAUCUCCCCCACUAUAUACACAUAUACAUUCUCUCCAGCCCCCUCCCCAAGCACAUCCAAGCGUGCUCUCCCCUCUCCUCCUCUCUCUCCCUCUCUCCCUCUCUCUCUCUCUCACACACAAACACAUACACACACACUCAACACACAUACACCCUGGGCUGAGCUGCUCUUGCUGGCUGCAGCCGUGGGCCUCUGCUCACCGUGCCGCUGCUGCUGCCUGCGAAAUGACGGCGGUUCCCCUCACUUCCAGGAAUCCACGCUUCCUGGAAGGUGAGUGGCUGGGCUCACCCCUGCCUGCCACUGAGACGCAGACAUGCAUACACCACCCGCACUCCCUCGCCGUUUCCAAGGCGGCGGCCGCGUUCGCACCCCAGGGUCUCACCGGCAAGGGAAGGAUAAUGUAGCGGGGACUCAUCUCUGGAGAAGGAGUUCCUCGGGGCCCCAGUGGGGCCCUCGGUGAGCACCCCCAACAGCCAGCACUCUUCUCCCAGCCGCUCACUCAGUGCCAACUCCAUCAAGGUGGAGAUGUACAGCGAUGAGGAGUCAAGCAGACUGCUGGGGCCAGAUGAGCGGCUCCUGGAAAAGGACGACAGCGUGAUUGUGGAAGAUUCAUUGUCUGAGCCCUUGGGCUACUGUGAUGGGAGUGGGCCAGAGCCUCACUCCCCUGGGGGCAUCCGGCUGCCCAAUGGCAAGCUCAAGUGUGACGUCUGCGGCAUGGUCUGUAUUGGACCCAACGUGCUCAUGGUGCACAAGCGCAGUCACACUGGUGAAAGGCCCUUCCAUUGCAACCAGUGUGGUGCCUCCUUCACCCAGAAGGGGAACCUGCUGCGCCACAUCAAGCUGCACUCUGGGGAGAAGCCCUUUAAAUGUCCCUUCUGCAACUAUGCCUGCCGCCGGCGUGAUGCACUCACUGGUCACCUCCGCACACACUCAGUCUCCUCUCCCACAGUGGGCAAACCCUACAAGUGUAACUACUGUGGCCGGAGCUACAAACAGCAGAGUACCCUGGAGGAGCACAAGGAGCGGUGCCAUAACUACCUACAGAGUCUCAGCACUGAAGCCCAAGCUUUGGCUGGCCAACCAGGUGACGAAAUACGUGACCUGGAGAUGGUGCCAGACUCCAUGCUGCACUCAUCCUCUGAGCGGCCAACUUUCAUCGAUCGUCUGGCCAAUAGCCUCACCAAACGCAAGCGUUCCACACCCCAGAAGUUUGUAGGCGAAAAGCAGAUGCGCUUCAGCCUCUCAGACCUCCCCUAUGACGUGAACUCGGGUGGCUAUGAAAAGGAUGUGGAGUUGGUGGCACACCACAGCCUAGAGCCUGGCUUUGGAAGUUCCCUGGCCUUUGUGGGUGCAGAGCAUCUGCGUCCCCUCCGCCUUCCACCCACCAAUUGCAUCUCAGAACUCACGCCUGUCAUCAGCUCUGUCUACACCCAGAUGCAGCCCCUCCCUGGUCGACUGGAGCUUCCAGGAUCCCGAGAAGCAGGUGAGGGACCUGAGGACCUGGCUGAUGGAGGUCCCCUCCUCUACCGGCCCCGAGGCCCCCUGACUGACCCUGGGGCAUCCCCCAGCAAUGGCUGCCAGGACUCCACAGACACAGAAAGCAACCACGAAGAUCGGGUUGCAGGGGUGGUAUCCCUCCCUCAGGGUCCCCCACCCCAGCCACCUCCCACCAUUGUGGUGGGCCGGCACAGUCCUGCCUACGCCAAAGAGGACCCCAAGCCACAGGAGGGGUUAUUGCGGGGCACCCCAGGCCCCUCCAAGGAAGUGCUUCGGGUGGUGGGCGAGAGUGGUGAGCCUGUGAAGGCCUUCAAGUGUGAGCACUGCCGUAUCCUCUUCCUGGACCACGUCAUGUUCACUAUCCAUAUGGGCUGCCAUGGCUUCAGAGACCCUUUUGAGUGCAACAUCUGUGGUUAUCACAGCCAGGACCGGUACGAAUUCUCUUCCCACAUUGUCCGGGGGGAGCAUAAGGUGGGCUAGCAACCUCUUCCUCUCCCCUCAGUCCACCACUCCACUGCCCUGCCUACAGGCAUUGAUCCCUGUCCCCACCAUUUCCCAAGGAGUUUUGCUUUGUAGCCCUCACUACUGGCCACCUGACCUCACACCUGACCCUGACCCCUCCGCACCUAUUCUCUUCCUCUAUCCUGACCGAUUUAAGCAUUGUGAUGAAACAGAUCUUUCGCUUAUGUUUUUCCUUUUUAUCUUCUCUCAUCCCAGCAUACUGAGUUAUUUAUUAAUUAGUUGAUUUAUUUUUGCCUUUUUAAAUUUUAACUUAGUCACUUGCCAUUCCCCCACCCUCCUGUCCACAGCUCCUUUCCACUUUAGGCCAAUUUUUCUCUCUUAGAUCUUCCAGCAGCCCCAGGGGUAGGAAGCUCCUCUUAGUACUAAGAGACUUCAAGCUUCUUGCUUUAAGUCCUCACCCUUUACAUUAUCUAAUUCUUCAGUUUUGAUGCUGAUACCUCCCCGCGGCCCUACCUUAGCUCUGUGGCAUUAUAUCUCCUCUCUGGGACUCUUUAACCUGGUACUCCAUACCUCUUGUGCCCUCUCACUUUAGGCAGCUUGCACUAUUCUUGAAUGAAUGAAGAAUUAUUUCCUCAUUUGGAAGUAGGAGGGACUGAAGAAAUUCUCCCCAGGCACUGUGGGACUGAGAGUCCUAUUCCCCAUAUUCCCCUAGUAAUAUGAGUUCUCAAAGCCUACAUUCAGGAUCUCCCUCUAGGAUGUGAUAGAUCUGGUCCCUCUCCUUGAACUACCCCUCCACACGCUCUAGUCCCUUCAACCUACCGGUCUAUUAAGUGGUGGCUUUUCUCUCCUUGGAUUGCCCCAAUUUUAUAUUCUCAGGGGCCAAGGCUAGGUCUGCAACCCUCUGUCUCUGACACAUUGGGAGCCACAGGUGCCUAAUUGGGAACCAGGGCAUGGGAAAGGAGUGGGUCAAAAUUCUUCUCUUUCUCCUCCACCUCUCAAACUUCUUCACUAUAGUGACCUUCCUAGGCUCUCAGGGGCUCCUUCAGUCCCCAUCCUAUGAGACACUAGUGGGUUGCUGCCUGAUGACAAGGGGUUGUUUCAGCCCCUCAGUCAUGCUGCCUUCUGCUGCUCCCUCCCAGCAGGAUUCACCCUCUCAUUCCCGGGCUUCUGGGCCCUGUUCUUAGGAUCAGUGGCAGGGAGAAACGGGUAUCUCUUUUCUCUCUUCUAAUUUUCAGUAUAACCAAAAAUUAUCCCAGCAUGAGCAUGGGCACAUGCCCUUCACCCCAUUCCACCCUUGUUCCAGCAAGACUGGGAUGGGUACAACUGAACUGGGGUCAUCCUUUACUACCCCCCCCUUCUACACUCAGCUCCCAGACACAGGGUAGGAGGGGGUACUGCUGGCUACUGCAGAGACCCCUGGCUAUUUGAGUAACCUAGGAUUAGUGAGAAGGGGCAGAAGGAGAUACAACUCCACUGCAAGUGGAGGUUUCUUUCUACAAGAGUUUUCUGCCCAAGGCCACAGCCAUCCCACUCUCUGCUUCCUUGAGAUUCAAACCAAAGGCUGUUUUUCUAUGUUUAAAGGAAAAAAAAAAAGUAAAAACCAAACACAACACCUCACAAGUUGUAACUCUUGGUCCUUCUCUCUCUCCUUUUCUCUUCCCUUCCUUCCCCUUCCAUCUUUCUUUCCACAUGUCCUUUCCUUAUUGGCUCUUUUACCUCCUACUUUUCUUACUCCCUAUCAGGGAUAUUUUGGGGGGGGAUGGUAAAGGGUGGGCUAAGGAACAGACCCUGGGAUUAGGGCCUUAAGGGCUCUGAGAGGAGUCUACCUUGCCUUCUUCUGGGAAGGGAGACCCUAAAAAACUUUCUCCUCUUUGUCCUCCUUUUUCUCCCCCACUCUGAGGUUUCCCUAAGAGAACCAGAUUGGCAGGGAGAAGCAUUGUGGGGUGAUUGUUCCUCCUUGACAAUGUAGCAAUAAAUAGAUGCUGCCAAGGGCAGAAAAUGGGGAGGUUAGCUCAGAGCAGAGUGGUCUCUAGAGAAAGGAAGAAUCCUCAACGGCACCCUGGGGUGCUAGCUCCUUUUUAGAAUGUCAGCAGAGCUGAGAUUAAUAUCUGGGCUUUUCCUGAACUAUUCUGGUUAUUGAGCCCUUCCUGUUAGACCUACCCCCUCCCACCUCUUCUGUGUCUACUGUGUAUUUGGUGACACUUCAUAAGGACUAGUCCCUUCUGGGGUAUCAGAGCCUUAGGGUGCCCCCAUCCCCUUCCCCAGUCAACUGUGGCACCUGUAACCUCCCGGAACAUGAAGGACUAUGCUCUGAGGCUAUACUCUGUGCCCAUGAGAGCAGAGACUGGAAAGGCAAGACCAGGUGCUAAGGAGGGGAGAGGGGGCAUCCUGUCUCUCUCCAGACCAUCACUGCACUUUAACCAGGGUCUUAGGUACAAAAUCCUACUUUUCAGAGCCUUCCAGCUCUGGAACCUCAAACAUCCUCAUGCUCUCUCCCAGCUCCUUUUGCAUAAAAAAAAAAGUAAAGAAAAAGAAAAAAAAAUACACACACACUGAAACCCACAUGGAGAAAAGAGGUGUUUCCUUUUAUAUUGCUAUUCAAAAUCAAUACCACAAACAAAAUAUUUCUAAGUAGACACUUUUCCAGACCUUUGUUUUUUUGUGUCAGUGUCCAAGCUGCAGAUAGGAUUUUGUAAUACUUCUGGCAGCUUCUUUCCUUGUGUACAUUAUAUAUAUAUAUAUAUAUAUAUAUAUAUUUUUAAUCAGAAGUUAUGAAGAACAAAAAGAAAAAAUAAACACAGAAGCAAGUGCAAUACCACCUCUCUUCUCCCUCUCUCCUAGGGUUUCCUUUGUAGCCUAUGUUUGGUGUCUCUUUUGACCUUUACCCCUUCACCUCCUCCUCUCUUCUUCUGAUUCCCCUCCCCUCCUUUUUUAAAGAGUUUUUCUCCUUUCUCAAGGGGAGUUAAACUAGCUUUUGAGACUUAUUGCAAAGCAUUUUGUAUAUGUAAUAUAUUGUAAGUAAAUAUUUGUGUAACGGAGAUAUACUACUGUAAGUUUUGUACUGUACUGGCUGAAAGUCUGUUAUAAAUAAA